CAAUCAAACACAACAGACUUGGCAAUAAACACAACAGCUAUGCCAGUUAAUGCAACUCUGAACACAACAGAUUCCUCAUUUAAAACAACGCAAUCAAACACAACAGACUUGGCUAUAAACACAACAGCUAUGCCAAUGAAUGUAACUUUAAACACAACAGAUUACAUGUUCAAUACAACACAAUCAAACACAACAGACUUGGCUAUAAACACAACAGCUAUGCCAGUGAAUGUAACUCUGAACACAACAGAUUCCCCAUUCAAUACAACACAAUCAAACACAACAACCUUGGCUAUAAACACAACAGCUAUGCCAGUGAAUGUAACGUUGAACACAACAGAUUCCUUAUUCAAUACAACACAAUCAAACACAACAGACAUGGCUAUAAACACAACAGCUAUGCCAGUGAAUGUAACGUUGAACACAACAGAUUCCCCAUUCAAUACAACACAAUCAAACACAACAACCUUGGCUAUAAACACAACCACUAUGCCAGUUAAUGUAACUUUGAACACAACAGAUUCCAUGUUCAAUAUAACACAAUCAAAUACAACAGACUUGGCUAUAAACACAACCGCUAUGCCAGUUAAUGUAACGAUGAACACAACAGAUUCCCCUUUCAAUACAACACAAUCAAACACAACAGACUUGGCAAUAAACACAACUGCUAUGCCAGUUAAUGUAACGUUGAACACAACAGAUUCCCCAUUCAAUACAACACAAUCAAACACAACAGACUUGGUAAAAAAGACAACAGCUAUACAGAUGAAUACCACCAGCUUCAACAAUACUAGUGUCAGUCCUAUCAUAGACAACAGAGAAUCCUCCAAUAACACAACAGAAAAUAUUACCAGUGUGCCAACUACAGUGUCUGUCACGACUGUUAGUCUCCUUAACACAACAGAUUCAGCUGUUAUUGAAAAUACAGACAGUAAUACAACUACUACAAUAACCCCAACCACUGCUCCAAAAAACACACCAACAAAUGCAACUAUUAUUGACACAACCACAAGCUCCACUUCAACAACAGCACCUCCAACUCUUGCUCCAAAUUCAACUACUACAAUCACCACCACUCCAAAUGUUCCAUCAACUUCCACUGCUACCACGGCAACCACUUCAGCAACAACUGAAAGCCCAGAUGAAGUUGCUGGUAAUCUUCUAAAUCAAACCCAGGAUAUAUCAUCUCUAAACUCAAGUGAGGUGAACCAGCUGAUCAGCAAGCUAGAGAAUAUUCUCUCUGCACCGAAUAUUAGUGUGGAUCUGGGUCGAACUGUGCUUGGGGUCAUCAACAACUGUCUAAACAGCACUUCAGGAACUCUGGGUUCCUCCUCAAACCGGUUAAUCAAAGCUGUGGAUGAUUUGGCUCUAAAACUUGUGAUUCCGGACCAGUUUGUAAACCUUGUUUUUGAUUCACUCGCGUUGACUGUAGCCAAAGUCGAUGGGACCAAUUUUAGGCCAACAUCCUUUUCAAUUGCAGAUCCCUUAAACCCACAGGUCACAAAAUCACUUCAAAGAUCAGUCAGGGCUGUGGGAAGUUCCUCCCCAAACCUAGGAAAAGUAACACUGCCGGCAUCUCUAACUGAAAAUCUCUCUCCAGAGGAACAAAAGAUGGCCUCUAGGGUCCAGUUCACAUUCUAUCAGAAAUCCACUUUUUUUCAGGAUGCAAAUCUGAACCAAAAGAAGCUGAAUAGCUACAUUCUGGGCUCUAGCGUGGCUAACCUGUCAAUCAGAAACCUGAGAGAGAACAUAGAGUUUACUCUGAUGAAUAAGCAGCCUGUUGCGGGAAACUAUGUAGCUGUUUGUGUUUUCUGGGAUUUUGACAAAAAUGAAGGGUUAGGAGGCUGGAAUAGGGAUGGCUGCAGUGUCAUGAACAGCAGCACAGAGAACGAAACCAUCUGCAGCUGCAGUCAUCUGACCAGCUUUGCAGUGCUCAUGGAUAUUAGCCAGCAAGGUGUAACUGACAGAAUGCAGGCCACCAUCCUCACCUUCAUCUCUUACAUUGGAUGCGGAGUGUCUGCCAUCUUUCUUUCAGUCACUUUACUCACUUACCUCUCAUUUGACAAAAUCCGUCGGGACAUUCCUUCGAAGAUCUUGAUCCAUUUGUGUUUCGCACUGCUUUUCCUGAACCUGGUGUUCUUGUUGGACUCGUGGCUUGCGCUGUACACAGACGCAGUGGGUCUGUGCAUUUCUACAGCCUUCUUCCUUCACUACUUUCUGUUGGUCUCCUUCACCUGGAUGGGGCUGGAGGCUCUGCAUAUGUAUCUGGCCAUCGUCAAGGUCUUUAACAACUUCAUGUCCCGAUACAUGCUGAAGUUCUCUCUGAUUGGCUGGGGAGUGCCUUUGGCUGUCGUCAUUAUUGUGAUUGCGAUAAACAAAGAUAACUACGGCCUCAUAAGCUAUGGGAAAUUUUCUGAUGGCACAACAGAUGAUUUUUGUUGGCUGAAAAAUAGCACAGCAUUCUAUGUGGCUGUUGUGGCAUAUUUCUGCAUCAUAUUUGUUCUAAACCUGGCCAUGUUUGUGGUGGUGAUGGUCCAUCUGAGACGAAUCAAGCGCAGAAACCCUCACAAUAACCAGUACCGCAGUGGCGUGCAAGACCUUCGUAGCAUCGCGGGACUCACUUUCCUGCUGGGCCUUACAUGGGGCUUUGCCUUCUUCGCCUGGGGACCUGUCAACUUGGCCUUCACGUAUCUGUUUUCCAUCUUCAACUGCCUUCAGGGCUUUUUUAUUUUUGUUUUCCACUGCGCUCUGAAGGAAAAUGUGCGUAAAGAGUGGAGAAUAUACCUCUGCUGUGGCAGUUUACGACUGCCUGAAAAUUCAGAGUGGAGUCGGACAGCCACACAAAGCCAGAACACCAAGAAGACUUCAAUUAUGACAGCAGACUCAUCUAAUUCGGGGACAAACAGUGCGCCACGAAGCUCAGUGAGCAGCGAUGAUUCAGUGCCGUCCCAUGGCAUCGGCUCACCGUUUGACGACAGUACAAUCAUGUCAGAGGAAGUGAAUGAUGAUGUGGUCAUCAACGAGAUCAACAGUCAGCUCCAUUCAAGACCCAGAUCUGUGUAGAAGACGUCAACUUAUAGAGAAGAAUAGGUAAAGAAAACAGACCUGCAGCCCUGAAAAUAAUGAAUAAUGAAUCUGGUGACUCAUGAAAAGAGGACAAAAACAGAAAUCUCAUCUUUUCUCUGAAUGAGUUACAUGCUGUAAAGCCAUUCAGCUUCAAUGGCAGAUACUUUAUUAUUUGUAACUGUUCACAGAUGAAUAAUGAACAGAAAGAGCAAGGAGCUUUGGGAGCCACUGCGUAAGAAUAUCUUCAAGAGUGUGACUGGUUUAUUACACCCCACUUUUGCAGUGUCAACAGUUUUAAACUGACAUAUAUUUUCAGCAAACAGUAUUAAACACUGCUUCUCUGCAACAAAAAUAAUCAUUUGAGCUUAAAAAUACCAGCGCACUUAAUCAAACUUUCAGUUUUUUUUGUAAUAAUUAAGGACUUGAUGAAAUAUAGUAUACGCCACUUCACAUCAAUCUGUCUGAUGUAUUUAAGAAAGACUGAGAUUGUUUUCACUGCUGGUCAAGUUCUCUGUUUUGAUGUUUAUUUGUUUCAUUUAUGCAUUUUGUAGCCAUUCUCAGUUUUAUAGUCCUCAUUUAAAGAGGAAAUAUGGAGACAAUGUGUCUGUAAAUGUAAUCAAAUUAGUUUUCAGUACACUACACACAUAAAGAGUCAUUGUUUUGAGUAGUACUGUAGGUUUUGAGGAGUUGGUUCCUUAAAAACCAACGUAAAAUAAUGUGAUUUCUUGUGUUUGGAUCAUUGUUUUUUGUAGUUGUAUGUAUUUAUGAUUAUUUUACAUUUGUACAUUUUAGGCAAAGUUAGGAAUCUGAGAUUCUAACAUAAUUAUUAAAUAGUUUAUUAUACUUUCUAUUA